AUGUCGGCCUCGCCGGAGCGGCCGCAGCACGGCGGGCCGCAGCCCUACGAGACGGAGCGCUGCGAGAAGGAGUCCCGCGAGACGGAGCGCUGCGGACCGGAGGCCUGCGUGGUGGAGACGUGCGAGCCAGCGCCGGCGGUGGGCCUGAACCUGAGCACGCGGCCGCCCCGGCUGGCCGAGGAGCGCGCCUCGUCACCCGACUCGGCCGCCAGCGCCCGCGGCAGUCCGCCGCUCAGCGCCUGCGGCGAUAAGCCAGACUCUGAGGAGGACACGGCCUCAGUGGCGGCCGACUCCCAGUCAGGCUCGGCCAGCAAGAAGUCGAGGAAGGCACGCACUGCCUUCACCGAUCACCAGCUGCAGACACUGGAGAAGAGCUUCGAGCGGCAAAAGUACCUGAGCGUGCAGGACCGGAUGGAGCUGGCGGCCAAGCUGAACCUCACCGACACCCAGGUCAAGACCUGGUACCAGAACAGGAGGACCAAGUGGAAGCGGCAGACGGCCGUCGGUCUGGAGCUGCUGAGCGAGGCCGGCAACUACGCGGCCGUGCAGCGGCUGUACGGCACGCCCUACUGGCCGUACGCGUCUGCCUCCAAUCUGGACUUCUACUAUCGGCAGGCGGCGGCGGCGCUGGCACGCCGCCGCCGGAGGGGAACGCUGGCGGCCGAGGACCGCGUGCGUGCCGCGGAACAUUGGUUGUUCGAGUGA